CCUGAUGGGCUCCUGGAUCCCCGAGCAGGACACCAGCCCGUCGGGAUGAUGCUGCCCGGAGGCACCAAGCACAGCCAGACCUGGAUCCCAUGGGAAUCCCAUCCCCCAGUGUCCCCAAUACAAGGUGGUGGUCAUUGCCACUGCCAAGAUGUGUAUCCUGGGUGUGCAUCUCUUUCCUCUGUGUGUAGGGAAGGGCAGAGGGGAUGGGGUGAAUUUCUGACAGACAUGGACACACAAACACUGUCCCACCAUCCUCCCUCUCUCCUUGGUAGCCUCAUCCACACCAGCAUCUCCACACAGGGUGGGAGAGGGGACACAGGUGACACUCACAGGGACCCCAAUGCCAGCCUUGUGGCUCAGCAAGGGGGCCCCAGCACCUCUCACAGAGGACAGAGGGGUGGCUGUGACCACCCUAAUUUCAGAGGGGUCCUGUUGGUUGAACACCCAGCUCCCAGGCUGGGUCAGGAGUCCUUGUGGGGCUGUUCCAUGGGACACACACUGGCCUGGUGUCCUUGGGUCCAGCCCCAGCUUUGGGGUACCAGGGGGUGUUGUGGGGUCCAGGUGUAUCUGGGGAGUGGGAGAAGUCAUUCUGCUCCAAAGGAAAUAGGGACUGAUGGCUGUGCCAUGGGGCUUCUUAGGAGCUUGGAAUUGAGUUGGGGGUCAGUGCUGGGAGGGUUUCAAGGCCUGGGGGCUCAGUUAGGAGCUCAGGUGGGUCAUUGUGGAUGGCUGGUGUGCAGAUCCAGGAUGCUCAGCUCAUGGGGGCCAUGGGGGUGGCCCCUGCACUGCCAUGGGGCAGUGACCAUGGGGAUGCUGGGGACACCCAGUGGUCCCCUCCAUGGAGCAUGGCAGCCAGGGGUGGGAGCAGCCCCUCCUGGGGUAUUGGGCAUUGCUGUGGGGACAGAGAAGGUCAGAUCAGGGUGCCAGCUGUGGGUCCAAGUCUGGGUCUGGAUCAGCAAGGCCAAGCUGAAGCUCUGAUGGGGUUGAGCACAAGAUUCCCAGGUCAGAGCAGCUUCCCAAGGCAGGGCUGGCCCCAGCCAUGGCCUCCCUGCAGUGGGGAUUACAGAAGCCAUUUCCACACCAUAAGCAGCAAUCCCUGGCUGUGCUGGCUCUGGGCUGGUCUUGAGUCUGGCUCCAAACCUCCAGGAGCAAAGAUAUUCCAAGGACUCAGCAAUGGACUCCCAGUCCUACUUCUACAGAUUGAUGCUCAAGGAAUGUCUCCAUCCUGCAUCAAGGCCAGGUUGGAUGGGGCUUGGAGCAUCCUGGGAUAGUGGAAGGUGCCCCUGCCCAUGGCAGAGGUUUCAAUGAGAUGAAUUCUGAAGUUCCUUCCAACCCAAACCAUUCCCUGAUUCCAUGCAUCUCUCUGAGAGAUGACACCAGCCCCUGUGUCCCUGAUGUAUCCAAUCUCAAUUUCCAUUCUCCUCUCCAGGAUCCAGCUCCAGGAGCUUUGGUGUCUCUGAGCAAUGGACCAGCACCCUGGAGACACAGCACAGACUGUUUGUACAAAAAAAGUUACAAAUAAAGUUCACUAGGAAUGUAGGACAGGUAAUAAGAUGGAUGUAGGACAUGGCCAGGAAGCAGCCAUGGAUAUAUUGCCUCUUUCUCUCUCAUGAUCUUUCCUCCAUGAGCACCUUGAUCUUUAUCUUUCUGAAAUACCACAGAAUUCCUAUAAAUCCAAAACCUCUCCUGAUCAAGUCCACACCUCUAAGGCCUGAUAUGGCCCUAUGCACCUUCCUUCACCAAUUUCCCAUAGAUUGCCCAUUUUUAUACAGCAUUUUGCUGUAGUUUUAUAUAGCAUUUUGCUGCUAGUUGAACCACAUUUGUAAAUUUUGUAACAAGUAGGGCAGUUUCAGAAGCAGUGAGUGGAUUCAGACAGAAUGAGGUAAAGUGUGGUCUCCCCUGAGCAGAUUUCCUCUUUGCACUGCUUGACUAUUUGAAUAGAUAUCAGAAAGGCAUCCUCAGGCUUAUCACUUCCUGGCAGGUGGAAUGCAAGUCACCUUGGCAAGGAUGAAGCUGUUCUUGUGAUGCUAAAAAAGAAGGAAACCAACAUUUUUUGAAUGUUUUUGUGUGUCACACAGCACCAGCUCCCUAAGCAAACUGACAGGACAGGAAGAGACAGAUAUUUUAUCAGAAAAUCUCAGAAUGGUUUGGGGAAAAAGGGGCUUAUAAGGUUAUCCAGUUCCAAUCCCCACCAUGAUCAGGGACACCUUCCACUAUCCCAGGUUGCUCCAAGCCCUGUCCAACCUGGCCUUGGACACUUCCAGGGAUGAGGCAGCAACCUUUGGGCAACCUGUGCCAGGGCUUCACUACCCUCACAGGAGAGGGAAGUGAAGCCGCCCUGCCUACUUCUGCCUGCACCCACCAGCCUGUUUUGUCCAUCCCAGGCAGUUCAUGCCAUGCCACCACAGCCCGGUGCCGCUGUGCCGCAGGUAUCACAAGAGGUGUUGCAUGGGGACAACUGUGCCAUUGAUUGCAACAGCCCCAGGAGGUCCCUCAGCCUCAGCUGUUGCAUCAGAGAGGGAAAAGGAGAAGCCCCAGCAUCCCCACAUGGAUGGGUGGCUUUCUGGUUGGCCGAGGGAAGAUGUGUCAGCAAAAAUCAGGGAAUGUCCCCAUGGCUUGCAACAAUAUAAAAUCAGAGUGUUUUGGCCAAAAGAGUGCUCCUUGAACCCGAGGGCCACUGGACACAGCGAUUCUUGUUGGGUUUGUGGCUGCCUGAGCACCCAGACCUUCAUCAGGUAGGUGACUGUGGGGUCUCCUGGAAAAGGAUCAGAUGAGGUAAUGGAUUUCCCAGAGACUGAAACAUCAUUAAAUGCUCCUGAGGUUGUCAGAGUGGCACAAACCUAAGAAUUGUUUUUAAGAGGAAAGUAGAAGAAACAUCAUCCACUGUACCUAGAGACAGCACCUUUGCAGUUUGGUGAACCACAGAGCUCAGGCUCCUGCCCCACCUGGGGUCCUGCCUGUCCCCAUUGCCUUGGUGUCCCCUCUGCAGCUCUGUGAAGACCCAGGAGGAGCAGCAGCCAUGAAGAUCCUGUUCCUGCUCUUCCCCCUGAUCCUCCUGUUGGUGAGAGGGGGGGCUUCAGGUGAGAGGCAAAGUGGGGAGAUGGGGAGAGGUGUGAUCCUCCAUUACUGGGGUUUUCCAUGUCCUGGGAAGUGAUCACUUUAGUGGGAGUGAUGCAAAGGUAAGGGGAGAUUGAGGAGAAAGGUGUUUCUCCAGUGAUAGUUCUAUAGGACACAGACUUGGGGUGGAAAGAGCCCAUGGAAAUAGAAUAUUUGUUUCUUUGGUGGGUUAGGAAGGAGUUUGGUUUCAGAAUUCCACACCGAACCCACCUGUUCGUCUUUGGCUGUCUCUGAAUGUUCUUCUGCCCUGUGUGUGAUCUUUGCUGUGGGGAGGUUGGAGCUGAAUCAUCCACUGGCCAGAAAUGCACAAACACCACCAGCUUUUUGCAACCACACACUGAUCUUACAGAUGACCGCUUUAACUGUUCUGUAUGUUUCUUUCCCCAUGGAAACCCAAAAUGCAGCUGGAUGCAGGAAAAGAGGGGGAUUCUGCACUUAUGGGAGAUGCAACUUCCCUGCAAGACCCAUUGGAAGAUGCACACUGUAUAGUGUGUGCUGCAAGAGAUAAGUGUCUGGGGCUGAGACCCUGAAAUCCCCAAGCAGGACAUGGCCCUCGCUUCUGGCUGAUGUCCCCACAUGCUGAUGUCCCCAUGUGCUGAUGUCCCCAUGUGCUGAUGUCCCCUGGCCUCGGUGGCUGUGCCGUGCCCAGCUGGGCUGGCAGCAGCAGUGGCAGCUGCUCCUGCUGGCUGCUGCUGGGCUGGAGCCCUGUGGUGCCAGCCCCGGUGUCUUUGGGGCAGGGGCUGCUUUUCCCGCCUUGAAUAAAGACGAGCACUUUGGCAUUGCAGGGCUGGGCCGUGUCUGUGUGUCCUGCUGCUGCUGCAGGGCUGCUGUGCCUGCUGGCCCUGGGGCUGCCACUGCCUUGGUGGCAGCAGAAGGCCCUGGGCAUGGAGCUGGGGCUGAGCAGCACCUGUGUCCCUGGGGAUGCUCCUGCCUGGCCGUGCU